AUAGAGACGAUCAUGCUUAUAGAGCACGAAAGUCUUCGCGCUCUUCAUUCCCUCAAACUCCAUCUCCCUUCCUUCAGUGAUUGUGUUAUUAUUUGACCAUGACCAUGUCAGACAUUGGUGAGAACAAGAUCGAGGUCACCCCAAAGGUAGCCGAUGGUCAUGAUAUUGCUCAAAUUGAAGACUCAACAGCCGAACCUGUUGUGAAGGUUGACUCGUAUAAAGAUGAUCACCACAUCAAUCUAACAUGGAGGUCUUGGAUGGUCGUUUUUGUCACUUGUUUUGCCAUUAUGGCUCAAGUAUUUGUCGUGGUUGCUGCAGGAUCGGUCAUAGGUUUCAUCAUUCGAGAUCUUGGUGAUGGUGCAAUUGCUGGUUGGAUCAUUCAAGGACCUCUCCUGAUGCAGAGCGUUCUGUCACCUAUAGUUGGUCGACUAUCCGAUGUUCUGGACAGAAAAUGGCUUGCUAUCUGUCCAGUGGCAGUCUCUUUCAUUGGCGCAGUUGUCUCUGCGAAAGCGACUUCCAUGACCAUGCUGAUUGGAGGCGGGAUCCUGGUGGGCUUCACGCUUUCAACCAUCUCUAUUGUGCAAGCUAUCCCAUCCGAGGUGUUGCCACUGAAAUAUCGUGCUUUGGCAAACGGCUUCGCAUUUUUGGCAGGUGCUGCUGGUGGAUUGAUUGGAGGUCUUGGUGCGGGAGCAGCAACUAAUGCAAACGCUGGAGGAUGGCGUAGCAUCUUUUGGAUCCAAGCAGGCUUUUUUGCAGCAACCAUUCUUGGACUCUUCUUCUUUUACCACCCGAAGAGAGAAUCCGAUUUCCCGAAAAUGUCUUGGAAGAAAGUUGUGUGGGCCUGUGACCCUAUAGGAUCAUUCCUGUUUAUCAUCAGCGCCACGCUGAUGCUACUGGCUCUGGACUGGGCUGGAGGCGUAUAUGCUUGGCAUAAUGCACAUGUUGUGGCACCCCUGACGAUUGGUCUGGUAGCAUUAGUUGCCUUUGCUCUCUAUGAAUGGAAGGGAAGAGAAGACGGACUUGUUGCCCAUGUCUUCUUCAAAGGCGGACCAAACUUUGGCCUCUCUGUCUUCGCAUUCGCCGUUGAGGGGUGGAUCUUCUACAGUGCCGUCAACAGCGUGACGCCUUUAGUUGUCCUCAAUCUCGGCUUCCAAACCAAUUCUUGGAAGAUCUCUAUUCGGCAGCUGUCGUACACAAUAGUAACAAUGUUUGCAUCAAUUCCAAUCACGCUAUAUUCGACAUGGAAGAAAGAUUUGAAGUCACCCUUGCUUAUUACCUUCACAUUGUUCUUGGUUGUAGCUAUCUGCUAUGCCAACAUAAAGCCAAGCAUGAACAAUGCCCAAAUUGGCUUCAAUGUCAUAUCUGGGAUUGGCCAAUCUGGCCCUCUGACUUUGCUCGUAGCGCUUGUUCAAUUCACAGCUCCUCAUGCAUAUCUCUCUACUGCCACAGGUCUCGCGUUUUCGGCGCGAGCACUAGGUGGCGCUUUCGGGUCUGCUGUUCUCGACACCAUAAUAAAUGGGAAGUUAUCGUCAACAUAUGCAUCUUCUGUAUCCACAGCAGCAAUCAAAGCUGGCCUGCCGGAUACAUCAGUUACCGCUCUUCUCGAAGCUUUCUCCGCAGGGACUGGCUUCGCUGACGUGCCUGGCCUGACUGACGCCAGUCUUGCUGCAGCCACGCAUGCAAGCCAAGAGAGCUACGCGGCAGCGUACAGACUCGCUUGGUCGAGCAUUAUUCCUUUUGUGGUAUUGGCCUUGAUUGCGAUCUUCUUCUUGAAGGGGGUCAAAGAGUUGAUGACUGAACACGUUGAGGCAACGGUGGAGAAAGACGAGCAGACGGAGAAAGUUGUUGUUUAA